UCCGUAUGAUGCCAACACUACGGAGAGCAAAAGCAAACAAAACAAUGAACUGGUUACAAUAUCACUUAGCAAAGAGAUGACAGUGCCUAAAAGCGCGUAUGUAUCACGUAAACCUUUUAAACAUAUUCAAAACACGUGAUUAUAUAUUUUGAUGUAACCUGAUAUAUUGAAUGAGUCAAUAUGUUGGAUAAGUCAAAUACCCAUAUAUUCACGCAACGACGGACUUUAUCAGUUAGCUCAGACGUCAUACAAUUCGUUCAUUCUAAAACACGGCUGCAGGCUAUCGGUGAGUGCGCGUUGUAUCGUGGUUAUACGAUAGACUGCAUAUAAUCCUUGCUGAGCAAUGGAAGACAAGUUAAAGAAAGAGUUGGGUACAGCCACGCUAAAGUUAGCCGGCCACGCCGAAGGUGGAUGCAUUAGUCAGGGCCAGAGUUACCACACGGACACAGACAAGGUGUUUGUUAAAACAAACCACAAGAGCCAGGCCAAAUUAAUGUUUGACGGGGAAAUGGCCAGUUUGGAGGCAAUAAUCAAAACGGGCACAAUUCAAGUACCCAAACCUGUAAAGGUGAUCGAGUUGGCAACUGAAGGCUGUAUGUUUGUAAUGGAGUAUUUGGACAUUCGUGCCCUAAGCAAAUAUUCCAGGCAGUUUGGAGAGCAGGUGGCUGAUCUGCACCUUCACAAUAAGAGACAGCUGGAGAAAGUGAGCAAAGAGCAGCACACCGUUGGAAAAGGAGCCGGGCAACGGGAGGGCACUUACGUGGACAAAUUUGGCUUCCCGACCACUACGUGUUGUGGCUAUAUCGCACAGGAAAACGAAUGGCAGGAUGACUGGAUGACCUUUUAUUCUUGCCAGAGGCUCGAGAGUCAGCUAAACAUGCUGGAGAAGUCGAACGGGGACAGAGAGGUCCGAGAGCUUUGGGCGGCACUGCAGCUGAAGAUCCCGGGGUUGUUCCGAGACGCGCAGGUGUUCCCAGCUCUUCUGCAUGGCGACUUGUGGGAAGGCAACGUGGCAGAAACCGGCAAGGGCCCGGUGAUCUUCGACCCCUCUUCUUUUUACGGCCAUUCCGAAUACGAGUUGGGAAUCGCCGGCAUGUUCGGAGGCUUCGACAGCUCCUUUUUCUCGGCCUACCAUGAGAAAAUUCCUAAGGCGCCCGGCUUUGGCCACAGAAACCAGCUCUAUCAACUCUUCAACUAUUUGAAUCACUGGAACCACUUUGGUAGUGGCUACAGAGGUUCAUCAAUAAGAGUCAUGAAGGACCUGCUCAAGUAAUUGGACUCAACCAAGUGUUGCGCAUGUGCAGAAUCUUUGACCAAGACCAUUCUAAAAGUUGUUUCUGUGUAUUACACCAAAAGUCAAAGUCAGCUUUAUUGUCAAUCCCUUCAUACGUAUGUCAAGACACACAAAGCAACCGAAAUUCCGUUUCCUCCAUCCCACGGUGACGAGACACAGUACACGAUAAACAUACAAGUAGAUGACACAAAAUAAAAACAAGCCACAAUCAAUAAAUAAUAAAUAAAUAAAAUUUGUGAUGAAUAAAUAAUAAACAAAUAACCCAAUAAAUAAGAGGAGCAAAACUGA